CAAUUCCAGUGAGACGUUGACAAACUAAUUUUUGUAAAAAUCUGUCCAGCCUUCCUUUGCUGGGCUGGGUGUGAACAACCUAUAUAAAAUGAUCGCGUGCAAGUCAUUACAAUGAGAAGUGCAGAUAGAGAAGACGCAAGGUUACUUGACUAUUCUGUGCGAUCGCGCAGCUAUGUUGUUUUGGGUUGUUACUGCGUUGGCGCUGGGAGCGUACUUCUUUGUCUACAGCACAUAUGUUAGAAGGAAAGCAUUCAGGGGCACAGUCAAACUACAUGGGAAAACCGUCAUAGUCACAGGCAGUAACACUGGCAUUGGAAAGGCUACAGCGCUGGAUUUAGCCAAGCGGGGCGCAAGGGUGAUUCUAGCGUGUCGAAGCAAACAGAGAGCAGAGGCGGCGCUGCAAGAGAUCAGGAGGGAGAGCGGGAACAAUGAGGUCAUUUUCAUGCAGCUGGAUUUGGGCAGUCUGAAGUCUAUCCGCUCUUUCGCGGAGAACUUCCUUAAAUCCGAGCCCAGGUUGGAUUUGCUUAUCAACAACGCAGCUGUGGUUUGCGCUCCAGGUCGUACUGAAGAUGGUCUCGGAAUGAUACUUGGGGUCAAUCACAUCGGGCCGUUCUUGUUGACUAACCUACUCCUAGACCGUCUGAAAGAGUGCGCACCUAGCCGCGUGGUUAAUGUCGCCUCGUACAUGCAUGAGUUUGGCGAAAUCGAUUUCAACUGCAUCAACAGGCACAAGUGCCUCGGCCUGGGAACGUCAACUUUGGAUAUUACCAAGAUUUACUCUCACAGCAAGUUAUGCAAUGUUCUCUUCACCCACGAACUCGCCCAAAGACUUAAAGGGACCAAUGUCACCUGCUACAGCCUCCAUCCAGGUUCAGUAGCAACAGAGCUGGACCGUAACAGCAAGGACUCCUGGUACGUAUUCAUAUUCCGUCCCAUCUUCAGGAACAUGUUUAUGACAGACCCUAUGUCAGGAGCACAGACCACGCUGUACUGUGCCCUGCAGGAGGGUAUAGAACCACUGAGUGGACGUUACUUCUCCAACUGCACACUGACUGAGGUCAAGCAAAAGGCCAAAGAUGACAUUGUGGCAAGGAAACUGUGGGAAGUGAGUGAGAGACUGUGUGGUAUGGCAUGAAAUAGCACAUGACUAACAGACACAGUUUCCUGUUACAUAGUUCACACACAUACUAUGUGAACACUUGACACACAACUGUGCAAAGAUUAUGUUUGUACAGUAUGUAUUGGUUUUAUGAGGUUCACUUAAUUGGCUGGGUUUCUCUUCCUGACUUGUUUCGCUUGAAGUCCUCUCAGUACUGAACCAGUCAUAACAUUAUGAGUACUGUGUCUAAUGUGUUUAGUCGUCACAAAUUUCCCAUCAGAUGACAUGAGCUAAUUUCAGAAAACAGGUUAUUACCGCCUUAAGAGACCACCGUGUUCCUAACUUUAACUUAGACGUUAAGAAGAGAGAAUCAAAGAAUAGGGAAAGAUCUGAAAAUAAAAGCAAAGCAACAAAGGUUAAGAUUUUUUUUAAUGUGACACUGUUCUGUCUUGCUAAUAAAUAAUUCUUCAAAAUGUUCCAUCAUUUUUUUCUGUGCCAAUAAAAAAGUCUCCUCAAAAUAUUCCACAUCAUGAACUAUGUAAAUCAGUAAGGGGCUGGCAUAUCUAAGAACAGAAAUUAUUGAAGAUGGGGGCAAAUUUCAUUAACUACUCUACCAAAUGAAGGAAAAUUUCAUUAACUACACUACAAUAAAUGGCGUGCAAGUGAGAUCAGUCUACACACACAGUAUUUUGAAAACAGAACUGAAGAUGAUAUCAAGACGAGUGUGAAACCUAUCAGUUAAUUACGGAGAAAUAUAUCACCCACAAGGUGACAGCUGCCAACUUGUUUAAAAACAGGAUUGGUGCCUUCCUUUCAGUCUCCUUUUCCUCCUUUUUAUUUUUUAUCAAGCUUGCUUUCUAUAGCAAAUGGGAGUAUUUAGCCCUCGUUGCUUUGGCAUGCUCACUUUGUUGCAGGCUCA